AUGGGACUGCUCCGCACCAUAUUCCUCCGCUCCAACUCCGGCCGCCGCGACGCCGCUGUGCACUUCGUCAGCUCCCUAACGAAGGCCACGGCGGCGACGCCGACCUUUGGAGACUACACCUCGCCGCCGGGGUUCACGCGCGAGUUGCCGCCGGAACCGGAGAAGUCCUGGAGCUACUACACUCCAUUUCUCAUCUACGCGUUCGCGGCGCUGGCGUUAUUUUUGGCCGUCUUCUUGCGCGGGAGCCACAAUGUCUUCUUCCUCGGCCUCGUCAACGGCGCGGUGCUCGCGGCCUGCUGCUGCCUGCGUGACUCGCCGCGGAAGUCAUACCACAACCUGAGUCAACCGUGA